AUGCCAUUAACGUCUAAAGAAAAAACAGCACGCUAUCGACAACGUCUAAAGGAUGAAGGGAAGUAUGACAUGAUGAAAGAGCGAGAUAUGAAGCGGAAACAAGAAAAAAGGAAGAAUAUGACAAGCAAGGAGCGAAAGAAGUAUUUAGAAAAAGAAAGAGAGUACAAGAGGAAAAGCAGAGAAAGACUCGAAGACAUUAAUCUAACACCAAAGCAAACUAUGGGAAAAUUGAUGAAACGGACAGAAAAAAGUUUGCCUAGUAGUCCUAGAAAGAAAAGCAGAGUUUUGAGAAAACUUGCCAAGAAGUUUGUAAUUGAGAACGAUGGUAACUGCCAGCAAUGCCCUGGAAACAGUCUACCAGAUUCUACAGUAAAGGCUGUUGCAGAUUUCUUUUGCAGAGAUGACAUAUCUUGGCAGAGUCCAAACAGAAAGGACUAUGUGUUGAUAGAGAAGGUGCCAGUGCAGAAGCGUUUUUUAAUCAUGUCUCUCAAAGAAUGCUACCAACUAUUCAUCAGCGAGAAUCCCACCAUCAAGAUCGGAGUUUCUAAAUUUUGUGACCUUCGCCCAACUCAUGUAAACUUGUCAAAUGCCUUUCCUCAUAAUCAGUGCUCUGAAAAGGGAAACGAAGACAAAUGUGGCAACAGAUUUUCAUUUCUUGACUCGAUUACAUGUAACCAGGACAAUGAUGAAUGUCUUUUAAGAGAAUGCAAUGACUGUUCUUCAAAAUGUAACGAGCUAUAUAGCUUUGAUGAUCUUAACAAAGAAGAUCAUGCAAAAUGGCUACAGUGGAUUACUAAAGACGGUCAUGCUGAGAAGGUCCAAGUUCAAGGAACACUCGAAGACUUGAUCGAAGAACUUAUGAAACAACUGAAACCAUUCUGUCUGCAUACAUUAAUUAAGAGAAAACAAAGUUUGCAUUUCAAAAACGAGAAGAAACGUGCUAGCGAUCUGUAUGCUGUGAUGCAAGUAGAUUUUGCGGAAAACUUUACGAUCAUACAACAGAAUGAAAUCCAGAGUGCACAUUUUCACCAUACACAAGUAACGCUUUUUACCGCUUGUGUUUAUACUGGUACAGCAGAUGAAAACAUUCACUCAUACACUCUAGUGAGUGAUGACAUUAGACAUGGCAAGCAUCAAGUGGCAGUGUUUCUUGAUUAUUUGAUCAGCGACAUUAAGGCAAAAUAUACAAAUCUUGAGACAAUGUCUGUGUUUAGUGAUGGAGCUGCAAGUCAGUUCAAACAGAAGUACUUGUUCGAGAAUUUGACCUUCUUC